AUGUCACCACAGAAUGAACCGCCUACCCCCGCGCAGGUCGCACACAUGUACCGCGAUCAACCUACUUUCUCUUGCUCAAACUGUGCAGCCGUGAUAGCUCUUCAAGACGAACUCAUCAGCAAAGCCUUCUCCGGGCGUGAUGGGCGUGGCUACCUUAUGCAUUCCGCGGUCAAUGUUAAGCUAGGAAAGAGAGAAGACAGGCCAUUACUGACGGGCGUUCAUACUGUGGCGGACGUCUUCUGUGUUGGAUGCAGCGAUCGAGUGGGAUGGUAUUAUCACAAAGCAUCAGACCAUUCGCAGAAGUAUAAAGAAGGAAAGUAUUUGCUGGAACGAGAGAAGUUGAUCAAGGAUAACGCGUGGAAGAUUGAUGAGUAG